AACUUAAGUCAUAAAAAAACACAAUAUUUGGGAUUCAUCUGCACAAAAUGGACACUACAGUGAGUGAUGAUUGAGUGUGACAGCACCCGGCCAGUGAUUUGGAUGGUUAUAUCUUGGCCGCAUUAGUUAUAUGACAACACGUGGCCCUUUAGAAAUAUCUGAACCCUGAAGUGCUUUGUUCUAUGGUCCAAGUCAUUUGUUUUAAGCCUACUGAAACAGGUACCAAGAAUGUCAAUUAUAUGCGUAUAAAUCUUUUAUAAUGCAUUUCUAGGUGCAUAAUACCAGAUAAAUAAUCUAUCACAAACUCAUCAAACAUCUUGAUAAUAUUUCUUAAGAUAUAACAGCUGCAUAUCUAUCAGAGUCCGUCCUGACAUUUUAGAGGCCUAGGGGACACAGUGCUAGCUAGGAAGAACAUAUUGGUAUAGAAUUACUUAAACUAACAGCUUGCAACUUGUCUCUUCUUGCACGCACUUUGACAGCUAGAUAGUUCUUAGAUGAUAUUUAAAUCUGAAUUUUCAAGUUAUAUCACUCACAUGAUCAUGUAUUUUUAAUUGAGUCCAUCUCUACUACAAGGGUUUUCAGAGAACAAAAAAGCUAGAUGGAUAACUAAUUGUUUACUUUAUAUAAAAAUAAUAAUUUAAAAUACUGUUGGCGCUAAUACUCAUCAUGCAACUAAAGUAAGGGACUAAUUUUUCAUUUCUAAUUAAACUGUAACUAUAAAAUAAAAUAUAAGUUAAAAAUAUAUUACCAGACCUAUUCAAAUUGAAACAGUUUUUGAUGUUGGAACUUAUAAGUUUAAUAGAUUUGGUUGAAACUCAAGGCUUGGAGGAAUUAAUUUCUGUAGGAUAUCUUAUUCUUAGGUAUUCUGUUCAUGUGCUGUCCAUUCUAGAACUCCUUAUAAAUCUGAAACAGAUUACGGCAAAACUAUUCUACCAAAAGAAACCGCGCCAGUUCUACAUAACUCAUAUUCUAUAAUUUGUUAAACCAACGAAAAGUUUCUUAUUAGGAGAAACGGAUGUCAAUUAAAGUUCUCUCUAAUGAUGUCCAUAAACAGAUGUUUAUGAGAAUUUCACAAAAAUUUAAGCCAGCUGAUUAUUUUGUGAAUUCAUUUUUUAUUAGGUUUGUAUUUAGUGUCGGAGUAGCUGUUGAUUGAUUUUUAUAGCUCACUGGUAUAAGAUAAAAUGUUAGUAAUAAUACUAUAAUUGAUGAGUGAGUUGUACCUUGUUAAUUUAGACAGGAAUGCCAGAACAUGUCCCUGCAUAUAAUCUAGUGUUUGUACUUUUUCUCUUGAUCCGACUCCAUCUGCCGCCUGCCCCUGUCUUAUAGUCUAACUCCAAGUUUAUGUCUAUGUGUAUGCUUCAGCACUUCACCAUAUAAGGAUAAAUCAUAUCAUUGAUCAUCUUCUACGUAUUAGUCUUACUAGUAGUGGUUUUAGAUCUUCAUAGUUGAAUUUAUGGCUAACGCAAAUGAUGAUAAAACCCCAUCAUCUUCUGCUUCAACUUCACCUACUACUCUGUGGGACGUUUUCUUGAGUUUCAGAGGUAAAGAUACAAGGUAUACGUUUACUGAUCAUCUAUACAAAGCCUUAGUUCGGACUGGCAUUCAAACGUUCAAGGAUAAUUCUGAGCUACGUAGUGGAGAAGUACUCUCAAACUCAUUGAUCCAAGCUAUUCAGAAUUCCAAGACUUAUAUUGUUGUUCUCUCGGAAAACUAUGCUUCUUCACCAUGGUGCCUAUACGAACUCGUAGAGAUCCUCACUUGUUAUAAGAGAAUGAAAAGGUUAGUUAUUCCUGUGUUUUACUACAUUGAUCCAUCCGUUGUUCGGCACCAAAUUCCGUGUUUUAAAGAAAUUAUUGAAAAACAUCAAAGUCGUUUUGAUGCGGAGAAAGUGAACCAAUGGUGCCUUGCACUAACCGCAGUUGCUGACUUUUCAGGAUACCAGAUAUCUAAAAGCAGGUCACAAGCUGAUAUUAUUGAUGAAAUUGUUGAUAGGGUUUUAUCUGAAACAAAUCCCAUAACUUUAAAUGUCGCCAAAUAUCCAGUUGGGUUGGAUACCCGUGUUGCAGGUGUAACAGCAUUCUUUAACAGCGAAACAGAGGGUGUCACUAGAAUUGGUAUACACGGCAUGGGGGGAAUUGGCAAAACAACUCUUGCCAAAGCUGUCUAUAACCAAAACUAUCGCCGCUUUCAGGGCAGCAGCUUCCUAGCAAAUGUCAGGGAGGUUUCAAGAACGAAAGGCCUGGUAUGUUUACAACAGCAACUUAUUGCCGAUAUUCUUAAAUGUGACAACAUUAAUGUUGGAAAUAUUGACCAUGGAAUUGAGUUGAUUAGAGCUAGAAUUUGUCCGAAAAAAGUCCUUAUUGUUAUUGAUGAUUUGGAUGACCCAAAACCUUUGGAAUAUUUAGAAGGAUCAUUUGCUUUGGGGAGCGUGGUCAUUAUAACAACAAGAAAUGAAGAUUUACUAGAUAGAAUUGAAGUAAAAGCAAAAUAUAAGGUAAAUAAAAUGGAUAAAGAUGAGUCACAACAACUUUUUACCCAACAUGCAUUCAGAGAUGGUGAAAUAUCCGACAAGCUCAUGGAAUUGUCCAAAGUAAUUCUUGAGCGUGCUGGAGGGCUUCCGUUAGCUCUACAGGUUUUUGGCUCAAACUUGCUCAACCAAACAGAGGAAGGGUGGAGAUGGUUCAUCGACAAGCUGAAUCGAGUUCCUAUUGACGAUGUUGAGAAAAACCUUAUGAUUAGCUUUGAUGCACUGAAAUCAGUUGAUCCUAUUCUGCAAGAUAUUUUUCUAGAUAUUGCUUGUUUUUACAUUGGAUGGAGGAAAAAGAAGGUUGCUAAAAUAAUGAAAACUUGUUAUGUGUUUGUCAAUCAUAAUAUUGACAUUUUGAAGAAAAGAUGUCUGAUAACGAUCAGUGAUAAAGAUGAGUUGGGGAUGCAUGAUCUGCUACAUGACAUGGGAAUUGGAAUUGCACGUAAUAACUCUCCUGAUGAACCGGGUAAACAUAGUCGAUUGUGGGUCUUACAAGAUAUAUACAGCAUGCUGAAGCUGCAUAAGGGGACAGAAGUCAUUCAAGGAAUCAUCUCGAGCAACUAUCACCAUGCAAAUGCACUUGAUGAGGGAGUAUCAUUUGAUGCACAAACAUUCAGAAGGAUGAGUAAAUUACGAUUUCUUUUCCUCAAUAAAGUAAAUCUCACUGGAAGUUUUGAACAUAUAUUUACAGAUUUGAGGUGGUUCUGUUGGAAGUAUUUUCCUUUAAAAUGUUUACCUGCUGAAUUUUAUGCCCAAAAACUGGUUACCCUUGAGUUGCCUGAUAGCGAAAUGAUAGCAAUGUGGGACCUCAACGUGGUUCCACAAGUUUUUGAAAAUUUAACGACUCUAAACAUGUCGCAUUCGCCAAAUUUAACCAUGACACCAGACUUCACUAGAUUACCCUGUCUUGAAACUUUAAAUCUUAGGGGUUGCAGUAGUUUGGAGGAGGUCCACAUAUCAAUUGGAAGUUUGGGGAGGCUUGUUUCCCUAGAUUUAAAGCAUUGUGGUAAACUAAGAAGUCUUCCUGACUGUAUUUGUAGCUUGAGAACUCUAGAAGUUCUUGAUAUUACUUGCUGCAUUAGUUUGGAUGCAUUGCCUAUAGAAUUGGGAAACAUUGGAUCCCUAAAAAAGCUUGAUGCAUCGGUGCUAAGUGUUUUAAAAUUACCAGAUUCCAUCGGGCAUCUAAGUAAUCUUGUCAGGUUGAGUAUAUAUCAAUGCAAGAACAUUUUAACUCUUCCAGACAGCUUAGGCAACCUGAGUUCAUUGGAAUAUCUAAAUAUCAGUUUUUGGGAGAAGCUAGAAGAAUUGCCGUAUAUACUGGGAAAAAUUACAAGCUUAAGACAACUACAUGCUGUAUGUGUUAAUAUGUUAAAGAUGCUUCCUGAUAUUAGUCAGCUCUUGAACCUAGAAGAGCUCGAUCUAAGAUCUUGUCAUCAUUUGUUGUCCAUAUCAGAACUUCCUCCUAAUCUGAAAAGGAUAGAGGCUAAAGGUUGUAGGUCUUUAAUAAGAUUACCGGACCUGUCCACUCUGAAACAAUUGCAGAGGUUGGACCUUGGAUAUUGUAAAGUUCUCACAGAUAUUCAAGGCUUGGAGGAACUCACUUCAUUAGCAUAUCUUAAUCUCACUAAAUGCGGAUCUAUGGAAAGAAUACCAAAUUUAUCUAACUUAAAACAGUUGGAGGAAUUGGAGCUUACUCAUUGUAAUGGUUUGACGGAGAUUAUAGGCUUGGAGGAACUCACUUCUUUACGAAAACUAUACUUGACAGGCUGCCAUGCAUCUCUUCUGGAAUACACUUUGACGAGGCAUUUUUUCCAGAUAUUCUCCGGAUUUGGGCAUAAGAUUGAAAUUUACAUUCCAUUGGCAGAGUAUCCGGACAAGAUUGAAUGGAUUGAAUGUGCCUCAGGAAUGUCAACAGAUUUGCUGGCGCUCGUCAUUUGCUUUUGUAGUUCAAAUGGUUAUAAUGUUAAUUGUUCAGUUAAGAAUAACACAAGUGGUUUUAUAUGGAGUGAUCGUCUUUAUAAUAGUGUUGGCAUUUUAUCAGUUGUAAUUGUUCCAAACUCAAUCUUGUCAAUCAAAGAUGGUGAUGAUAUUGAAGUAACAGUAGAUGAAGACAUAUCUUGUGGCCUUCAUCUACUCUACAAAACAGAAGCUACCAUUGUCAAGGUAAAGGAUAAGAAAAGAAGCAAUCCGUCGAACAAUGAUUUGGGAAGUAACAAGAACUGGUUAUCUCCUGGGAGCACCUCUGUCAAUAUAGAAGAAGGAAGAAGCUAUCCCUCGAUCAGUAAUUUGGAAAGUAGAAUGAAGUCGUUAUGUCUUGGCAGCAACACUGUGACUGUAGAAGAAGAAAGCAGCCGCCCUUCUAAACGCUUCAGGCAUUUGGAAUGAACAGAUCUGUUGGCUCUGAAUGAAUGAAGCUGUCCAUCCACCCUCCAGAAUAGCUCCUAAUGCAAAGUCUUUCCAAUUUGAAACAAUUUGCAACGAUUGGCGAGUAGCCGAGUAUGACAGUGCCUCUCUUAAUGUAGAAAAUGAGAAAUUCUAUGUGACAAGAACUGAUCACUCAAGAUAUGGAUGAUGAAAGAGCCAGUAGGAUAGAAAAUAAGAGCUGGAGGGUGAGGAGGACGACGAGGGAGGUGAAUGUUUCUUGGUGGAGAAUUAGGCGUUUGUGGAUGAUACAGAUGCCAAUGUGACACAAUUUAGGAAAGAUGCGGAGGUGAAAAAGAGAGGAACUUAUGUGCUUUUGACUGAUUUCCACGUUUCUUAGUUUCUGUUGAGUAUUUUUGAGUUCUGUGAGCCAAGAUUGUUUGAUCUUCAAGAAAUGCUAAACUACAUUUCUGGUGAUUGAUUGUAGAUUGGGAGAUGAAUAUUGAGCAAUUAUUCCCAUUUUGUGUAUUCAUUUACAUUGUUAUAUACCAUUUAUGCUGCUUGUUCUUGUUAUU